AUGUCCGAGUCACAGCCUUCUCGUUUCCUAGCCCCAGCUCCUGGUCAGCCUUCGGUGUCCAAGACACCGGACAACGCCGGCCAGGGGCGCAAACACAAGACCACCGCCUGCAAGGCGUGUAAACAGAAGAAGCUCAAGUGCAGAGGUGACCCGCCAUGUCAACACUGUGUGGCAAAUGGUAUCCCAUGUCUGGUCGACGAGAUGGCCGACAUGCGCCGCAAAUAUGCCAUGAAGCGCAAGCUUGAACGCCUGGAACAAGCGGAAGAGACCCUGCUCCGACUGAUCGAUGCCCUCCGAGAAAGCGAGAGUAAACGCUUGGCGCAGCUCUUGAACCUGAUCCGGAGCAAUGCGUCCUUCGAGGAACUCCAGAUCUUCCUGGAACAGCAAUUCACCGGACAAGAGAUUGAGAUGUCCCCGGAGCUGCGCGAGCUCCAAAGCCAGAUCUCCCGCCCCUCCGAGGAUGAGGAGGAGCGGUCCUCCACCCACUCCCGGGCGCCCCGCCGCGUCCUGGAUGUUCGCCGCCUGGCCGAUAGCCCGGUUCAUCGCGUCCCCGCCAAACCGUGGACCCGGGUGACCGACGACGACGACCUCGUGUCGCAUCUGAUCUCGUUAUGGUUGACCUGGACCUAUCCGUUCUUCGACUGGCUGGACAAGGACGCUUUUCUUCGAGACAUGCGGGCCGGGAACCUGGAAUGCCAAUUCUGCUCCCCCUUCUUGGUGAAUGCCAUUCUUUCCGAGGCCAGUUACUACUCGGACUACGCGGAAGUGUUUACCGUCCCCGACAACACCCUCACGCGGGGCGACCAUCUUUACGAAGAAGCGCGUCGAUUGCUGGAAGAGGAGGAGGAGGGCGGGGCGAGGAUCCCGACCAUCCAAGGGCUGUUGGUUCUGUUUGUCCGGGCUGGUGGGGGGAACAGGAUGGUUCUGAUGGGCAAGGAUCGGUUGGGUUGGAUGUACCUGGACCUGGCCAUCCGGGGGGCCGACGAGUACGCCGAACGACAUCCGCCCCGACCGUCGGAUCCCAACGACAACAUCAUCAACCGCACCCUCUGGGGCGCGUUUAAUAUCGCCUCCACGGCGACAGUGUCAUUGAUGAAGCACAUCGACAUCAGCCCUCCACGACGACCACGCAUCCCGGUGACGCAUGGCGACCCCCACGAUGUGUGGUACCCCUACCCGCGCGAGGUGGAAGGCGUUCGCGGGCACCACAACUGUGUCUUUGAUAGCUGGUGCGAUUUCUGCUGCAUCAUGAUCCGCAUCAGCACGGGCUUCCACGACGUGGACCACCAGGUGGCCGCGUCGCAACGGGUGGGGUUUAUCGAGAGCGUCUACCACCAGCUGCAGGGCUGGUACGCCCACCUGCCGCCUUGCUUGAGUGCCGAGGCGGCGGCGGUCCCCCACGUCCUGAGUCUACAUAUGUUCUACCACACCACCGUCAUGCAGAUCUUCGGCUUUCUUCGGUCCAACCCAGACGGGGCCCUGGAUGCGGCCAGGGUCAGCCAUGCCCGGGAGCUGUGCCUGGCGUCUGCCCGCCAGGUGGCGGCGCUGCUGGGCGUCCACCGCGACAAGUGGGGCAUCGACCGCAUGGCGCCCUCCACCAUUCAAUGGUGCAGCAUCGGCCUGUUCACCCUCAUGGAGUCACUCGACUCCCCCGCCAACCGCAACGCCUUCAUCGAGCUGUGCAUCAUCGCGCGCGCUUUCUCGCGCCGGUUCCCCCUGGCCAAGGGCAUCCUGCGCAUGAUCCAGCUGUCGGCGAAUCAGACCCAGGUGGUGCUCCCCGAGGAGACGGAUGCCCUCUUUACCGACUUCGAGACGCUGGCCUGGAAGGAGAGGGACGCGCAGGAAUUCAGCAGCUUCUACCCGCAUUUCCAGUCGGUCGUGCAGCAGGGGCCCACCCGCCAGGGGGACGUUGAUUUGGACCAGUUCCUGGCCAAAUGGGAUACCCUGGAUCUCUCCCAUUCGCGGCGCGGUUCGGAGGAUGAGUCGAAGCGAGGCAGUUCUGCGGAGGGGUGA